CUUUCUUUUAUAAAGUAGUUUUAAUUUAAAUUAGACAUAUAAAAUGGCGGCUGAAGUUUUACAGCUUUCGUCACUUUUGGCUAACUUGCCAUGUAGCAAUAUGGUGGUGAGGGGAAGUCCACAGUGUUAUUAUACGAAUAUAAGACAGAGAGCUGUACAAAGAAUCAUGUGCUGCGAUAAAGGAUUGAUGUUUUCUGCAGAAUUCUGUAGAUGUGUCCCCUGGAACGCCGGCAUCAACUCACUCCAUGCAAAGAUUCCUAGAGAUUUGACCAGAGAUCAAAGAAAUCCAAAGCUAUCCGAAACAAUAGAUGUUCCCCAAGCAGUGGUGGAAAUACAAUCAGAAAUACAGCAAGAUGCGACGGGUUUUCCGGAACGAGUUGAUCAAGGAACGCCUCAGCUUCCCAGAGUGCAAAGUAAUAACAAUCGACAACCACAAUAUCGAUUAAAUGGGGCCAAUCCUCUUCUACGACCCCCAAUGCCCCGGAUAAACUUCAUGAAUAUUCAACAGGGAAAUGGAAUGAUCCUGCGCAUGCCUGUCAUUCAUGUCGUCUCUAGAAAUUUCCGAAAUCAGUUCGUUCGUCGAGCAUUUCCGAUCUACACAAUUCGUAAUGGGCGAUUUUAUUUUUCGGCUCUAAUUCGUCAGAGGUAUCCAUCGGUAAUUGGAAGAAUUCGACAACUCGAGGCGCAAGGUGUUGUUAUUAAGCCGUCUUAUGUCCGGCCAAUUGUCAACGGAUUAGGAAUACCCACCGAGUCAUCUCCCUUUGCCACUGCAGCAGGAAGAAGGCAGAAACAGAUCCCGGUUGUCGACCGAAUGACGGAAAAUACCGAAGGAGCCACGGAGAAUAUCGAACUAGGAGGAAAUGAUCCUCUUGCGCAAACUCCAGAUAUGUCUUUCCCGACAACGACCCCUCCAGUUCCGACAACAGAAGCUAUUCCUACCGUCCAGGCAAAACAGAAAAAGAUGCCCAACAUGAAUGAGUUUCCUUUCGUUUUAACAACAAGAGGAGGGCACACCCCCAUUGACGCCAUUACGGGUCUACCAUUGAAUCAACGCUUCCCGGAGAAUUUCGUUCUACCAACUUUUGAACCGCUCCCCUCAGAGCAACCACUGGAACAACCCCCUCCUUCCCCUCCCAGUGACCUUUUGACCAGCAGUCUUCCCAGUACUGCAUAAAAGUCAGCAUUAUCUAAUGAUGUAUUCAUUAAUUAUCAUUUACAAUGUAAAUGUGCAGUUUUUUGCAAAAUUAUACAGUAUAGCUUUUCUUUUUGCAUGGUUGUUGAUUAAGGUUCAUUAAAUUAUUAACAUGA